AUGACAGAUGUGGUGAUGAACUAUCUCGUAAAGGCGCAGGACCUUGUCCCGGCCGAGUACGGCUACUACGCCCUAGUGACCGCGAUAACUGGCGUCGGCCUGGCGAAAGCGGCGGGCACCAUGGCGCACCCCGGGUCCAAGAUGGUUGGCAAACUAGAGCUCGUCGGAGCGAUUUUGCUGCUCAUGGGCCCUGCGUCGCUCGGCGGAUUCGGACACAUUUUCGCUAUUUGGUCCAUCCUUGUGGCCAUGGGAAUGAUGCUCGCCAUCAAGCCCCGGGCUAUCCUCACCGAGGCGAUGCUCAUCACGCUGAGCUCCAAGAUUCUGCGCUCUGAGUGGGGCAACGUGACCCACGACGGCAUGACGCAGGGCAUGAGCUGGGAGACCGCGAUGGGGGCCUCCAUCAUGACUGGGUACGUCAUCGGUACGUUGACCAUGCUCAGUGAUCGGUUUGCUCCCAACAAGGCGGGUGCCAAGGCGACUCCCAACAAGGCCGGAAAUGUUAAGCGCACGAAGAGGGCGUGA